GGAGCUUCAGGUUCAUCCUCAUCCUCGAGGGAAAACCUGAGGGCCCAGCCAAGGUCCCACAAGUUGAUGCGAGCCCCUCUGCAGGGUGAACCUGCACUCAGUGCCACCCAGGAAGCCACCAGUCAGGAGCGGGCACAGAGUCUCUGGAAGGAACUCCAGGAGACAGUGUGGCCUCCACAGUGUGAGGCAGCCAGGGAGAUGCAAACAGGUCUGCUGUAGAUGCUGCCGAUGAGACCCCCUCUUCCUAGCCAAGGCCUGCUGGAUAAGAGUGGCAUUUCCGUGGGUGACUUUAUCCCUCAGGAUCUGAGGCGUGCAGAUUUAUUGGCUGGCUUCCUUCUUACAGUUUCUCCUCAGCACACACUCAAGAGAUGCCAUCUGUCCCUCGAGAGGCUGUUGACCGAAAGAGGCUGAAGAGAGAUGUGGAGCCCACCUACAGUGGGACCAGCCUUGGGCCUGAUGAGAGCUUGGCCCAGAGCCCCCAAGUUCAUCAUUCACAAUGAUGCCUCAGAAACCCUCCCAGAGCCCCACACCCUCCAACAGAUGUCACCCUGGAGCCAGCCGUGGAAGAUGUGCAGGGUGAACACAGCGACACCGGCCCCCGGUCCCUCAGCGGGGUCAUCCUGUCAGCACUGGGGCCCAAGAACUCCUCGACUCGCUGCACUCCUACUGCUUCUGCUCCCGGGGGAACAGGAGCACAGGUGCCGCCUGCGGGAGCAGGUGGAGAAGGACAGCGAGCUGAAGAGGGGCAGCUGCCGACAGCCAGGUGCGCACUCUGCAGGAGGAGCUGGACGAGCUGAAGGGAGGGGGCUCCCUGCCUUAGCAGCCUGCUGCCCCCAGCCGAGCGUCAGCUGCAGAGCUCCAGCCAGCGGCAGAAGAAGAGUAGUGGGCAGUGGUGGAGGUAGAGCUGGCUCCAGCUCUGUUGACACCACCCCCUCUAGCACUGGAGCCAGUGUCCCCUCCACCAGCAGUGUUGGAGGUGGAGCAAGGGCCAACAUGGGCUCCAGCAGGAGUGGGAGCUGCUUAGCUGGAGUCACCUGGACCAUCAUUUCUAGUGAGAAGUCCAUCUCCACCUGUGGCUCUUAAGGAGCGUGAGAAGCUUAAUCUCACGGCCUUCCUUCCUAAGCUGGUGGUGGAGCAGUUGACCAUGAUGGAUGCGGUGAGCAGCUGGGCUUUCAGGGUGGUGUGGGGCAGGCCUUCCCUCUGCUAUCGUUGCCCCAGACCUGAUCCAGACUCCUAUGAUCUGGGCCCAA